AUGGUUCUCUCUCUCUCUCUCUCUCUCUCUGUUUUUAUCUGGCUGUCUCUAUCCCUCGUGUUUUGUCAGCAUUUAAUCCUUGCUAUCUAUCAACCACUAUCUGUUCAUAUCUACCUCGGUCUGCUAAUCUAUCUAUCUAUCUAUCUAUCUAUCUAUCUAUCUAUUUAUAUAUCUAUCUAUCUAUGUGCGUCUGUUCAUAUAUAUCUGUUACAGUCUGAUUAUAUCUAUCUAUCUAUCUAUUUAUCUCGGCAUGUUCACUCUCUAUCUAUCUAUCCAUGUGCGUCUGUUCAUAUAUAUCUGUUACAGUCUGAUUAUAUCUAUCUAUCUAUCUAUCUAUCUAUCUAUCUCCGUUUAAUCUUAUUCUUUGUCAUUCUUCAUUGUGUCUUCGUUUUUUUUAUCUUCUUUUUCUUCUUCUUCUUCUUUCCCUUCAAAUUUUUUUCUCCUUUUUUAUCUUCUUCUUUUCUUCCCGUCUUCUUCUUCUUUUCUUUCUUCUUCGUUUUUAUCUUCUUCUUCUUUUAUAUUCUUCUUCUUCUUCUUUCUUCUUAUUCCUUUCUUCAGCUUUCUUCUUCUUCUUCUCCUUCUUCUUCUUCUUCUUCUUCUUCUUCUUCUUCUUCUUCUUCUUCUCACUCUCUUUAUCUUGGUUUCUUUCUUCGUCUAGCUUUCUUUUCUUUGUCUCUUCUUUUCUUUGUUCUUUCUUUCUUUCUUUCUUUAAUUCUUCUUUUUCCUUUAUCUUCUUCAUCUUUUCUUCUUCUUCUUUUCUUCUUCUUUUCGAUUUAUCUUUUCUCAUUCUUCUUUUCUUUUCUUCUUCUUCUUUACCCUUCUUCUUCGUUUUUCUCUUUUUCGUUUUUCGAAUUCCUUCAUCUUCUUCUUCUUUUCUUCUUCGCAUUUAUCUUCUUCUUCUUUCUUCUUCUUUAG